UUGUCUGUCGGCUGGGAGCGCUCGCUGGUCUAGCCGAGCCGGCACUGACUGAAGGAGGCAGAGUAUUUGCUGGGAGCUGCUUCAGGGAGGACACGUGCUGCAGCUGGAGCAUUGCGGCCAUGGGUGUGGAAGUCGAGACCAUCUCGCCCGGAGACGGAAGGACAUUUCCAAAGAAAGGCCAGACAUGUGUGGUACAUUAUACAGGGAUGCUUCAGAAUGGAAAGAAGUUUGAUUCCUCCCGAGAUCGAAACAAGCCCUUCAGGUUCAAGAUUGGCAGACAAGAAGUCAUUAAAGGAUUUGAAGAAGGAGCUGCACAGAUGAGCCUAGGUCAAAGAGCAAAGCUGACCUGCACACCCGACAUGGCAUACGGAGCCACAGGACAUCCCGGAGUCAUCCCACCAAAUGCUACUCUCAUUUUUGAUGUGGAGCUGCUUAGGAUAGAGUAAAAUGGGGCAACUGACUGAAGGCACCUGUUAAUAACCACCCACUCUUUCCCCUUGCCUUGAAUGGGAUGACCCUCCACUGGAACUUCUGUCCUCCUCACUUGGAGCUGUCCUGCCAACAAUAUCGACCCUGACGUUGCUCCCCCACUUUCCUCCCCUUUUUUACUGUUUGGGUCUGUAUGCUUCUUUGCUGUGGAGAUGGGGGGGGGGGGGGAAGGGGAACCUGGCUGUAACAUUUUUGGGUUGUACAUUUUAUUUUAAUUUGCAUGUGAAAUUUCAGAUUUGUGAUUAGAACUAUGAAUAUAUAACAAUAAAUAGAGAGAUUACUUAUUGAAGAACCACUGCCUUACUAUACACUAACAAGGAGGAAAUACACACAAGGGUGCUCAAAAACCAAGUGUAUGUGAAUGGGCAUUAGCCAAACCAAGUUACCUGCGCUGCCACUUUUUUCUCAUCUUGUAUGUUCUGCUCGCUGCUGUUUUCAACAAAAUGUCUCUCAUGAACUUUCCAAAAAUAAAAUCUUGAUACUUUA